AUGUCUCGAUCAACUCAGCCCAGCGGUGCGAACUCUCGCAAGAUCUCCUUCAACGUCAGCGAGCAGUAUGACAUCCAGGACGUUGUUGGUGAGGGUGCUUACGGAGUUGUCUGCUCUGCUAUCCACAAGCCCUCCGGACAGAAAGUCGCCAUCAAGAAGAUUACUCCUUUCGACCACUCCAUGUUUUGUCUCCGAACCCUCCGUGAAAUGAAGCUGCUCCGCUACUUCAACCACGAAAACAUCAUCUCUAUUCUGGAUAUCCAGCGACCCAGAGGCUAUGACAGCUUCAACGAGGUCUAUCUCAUUCAGGAGCUCAUGGAGACCGACAUGCACCGAGUCAUCCGCACUCAAGACCUCUCCGAUGAUCACUGCCAAUACUUCAUUUACCAGACUCUGCGCGCCCUCAAGGCAAUGCACUCUGCCAAUGUUCUUCACCGUGAUCUCAAGCCCUCCAACUUGCUCCUCAACGCCAAUUGCGACUUGAAGGUUUGCGACUUUGGUCUUGCUCGAUCUGCCGCCUCCCAGGAUGACAACUCUGGUUUCAUGACCGAAUACGUUGCCACCCGUUGGUACCGUGCUCCCGAAAUCAUGUUGACCUUCAAGGAGUACACCAAGGCUAUCGAUGUGUGGUCAGUCGGAUGUAUUCUGGCUGAGAUGCUGAGCGGCAAGCCCCUCUUCCCCGGCAAGGACUACCACCAUCAGCUGACCCUGAUCUUGGAUGUUCUUGGAACACCUACAAUGGAGGAUUACUACGGCAUCAAGUCUCGCCGUGCCCGGGAGUACAUCAGGUCUCUUCCCUUCAAGAAGAAGGUUCCAUUCCGAACUCUGUUCCCCAAGACCUCGGACUUGGCUCUGGACCUGCUCGAGAAGCUGCUUGCCUUCAACCCUGUGAAGCGUAUCACCGUGGAUGAGGCUCUUAAGCACCCUUACCUUGAGCCCUACCACGACCCCGAUGAUGAGCCCACCGCUCCCCCCAUCCCCGAGGAAUUCUUCGACUUCGACAAGCACAAGGACACCCUGAGCAAGGAGCAGCUGAAGCAGCUCAUCUACCAGGAGGUCAUGCGAUGA